UCCGCUUCAACCGAACUGUUUCUUCAGUGGUUUUUAGCAUCCUGCUGACGCAGUUUGAUAAGCAUCGCUUAAUGUAAUGGAGUACCGUAAUUUUUGCAAUUUUGUUCUUUCGCUCUCGCUUAUUUACGUUAUAUUUUCGAUUUUUCCUUCUCUGUACAAUGCUUUUGUGGGAGCUUCGACAUUUUUAGCUAUAGUUCGAUUAUCAGAAUAUCUUAUGACAAUUACACGGAGAUAUUUUCUUAGGAAAAAAAUAUCAAGUGAUGGCAAAGCUAUAUUCAUUACAGGGUGUGAUUCUGGGUUCGGCCAUGAAAUUGCAAAACGCAUGGAUAAUCUUGGGUACUACGUUUUUGCUGCUUGUCUAAAUAUUCAGGGGGACGGUGCAAAGAAGCUAAUCAACUUAUGUUCACCUCGGCUACAAGUGUUACAUUUGGAUGUCACCAGUGAUAAAAGUGUCCAGGCUGCCAAAGAAUACGUCGUAAAGCACUUGGGAAACAAUGUCUUGUGGGCUGUACUGAACAAUGCAGGUGUCUCUCAGGCAGGAGAAAUCGACUGGACACCUCUGGAGGAGUUUCAAAGAGUAUACGAAAUCAACGCCGCAGGAACUCUGAAGGUUACGAAAGCGUUUUUGCCACUUCUCAAGAAGUCGACGGGAAGGUUAAUCAACAACACUAGCACUUGUGGUGAGUUCAUCUGUCCAGGAUUCGUCGGAUACUGCAUGAGUAAAAGUGCUGCCAUCGCACUCAGCGUCGGUCUCCGCAUCGAAUUGAUGAAGUGGGGUGUCAAGGUCAUAAGCAUUCAACCAUUUCUCUACAAAACUCCUUUAACAAACGAGGAUACAGUCAUUGAACUGACAGAGAAAACGUGGCUUAAAUCUGACCCACAAACGCGGGAGGACUACGGUGAGAAUUAUAAGAAUAACUUUUUGGAAAAUACCCGCAAGCUUCUGAGUCGCUCCAGUUCGAGGGUGGGGGAUGUCCUGGACUGCUUCGAGGACGCCCUCACUUCAGAGGAACCCCUCUCCACGUACAUGCCCGCAUACCUCCCAGACAAACUAGGUAUCAAGCUGUUGAAAUACCUCCCGAAAGUGUUGGAAGAGCAUUAUUUGCGCUAUCAGUUGGAGCGAGGGUGCAAACCGGCAACACUCAUGACUGGGAAGAAGUAUCAUUGAAUGCAAGAAGAUUUCCUCCUUAUGAAUAUAAGAAGGAAAUCAAAUCUGAACUGCACUUGGAUUUUAUAAGUCCAGAUUUUACUGCUGCAUACGUAAAAGCAAGUGAUUUUCUAAAAAAGGAAGCACGUAAAUGCAUAACUUUCCAAGGCAAGACAAUCUAUUUUGGCUAGAAAAAAUUUUAAAUCUGUCAAGUUUUUAUAAAACAUGUUUACUAAAGGUACCAAAAGCUGCAUAUCUUUAAUUCAAACCCAAAAGAAAGAAGAAACCAGGAAGUUCCAGAAAUUCCAUCGGAUAAGCCUUUCAACGACAGAUGCUAAUGUUCAUAAUAAAACGCAUUAGUGGAUUCUCAUAGUCCCGAGAAAGUGUGAUGCAUGCAUUCAUUCGAAAUCCCCAUUCGUGAAGGAAUAUCUUACGAAUGGAGUGUACCCUAUUAAAGCAGAAAUAUCGUCAAACGUCCGUGAGACAGACAUCUACGGAUAUCCGAAUUCAGCGGAUUGUUAUUUCAGAAUAUUCAUUUAUCAAAUAACGCGUUUUAUUUAUAAACAAGCUAAAAUUUCAAUUGUAUGGAUUUAAAACGUUUGUCUUUUGGAAUCAUUUUUGUUCUUUUAAGACACAUUAUUAUUAGAAAUAGUUAACAUUCUAGCCUUGACAUCAUUAUUUUUUAGAAGUCGCCAAGUUCGCCAAUUUUAAGAUUUUCCACUAUUACUCUGUAUUCCCAUAUUUUAUAAAUAGUAGUAGCCAAAAUGAUGAUAACCAUUUGGAAAAAGGGCAGUUUUGAGAUUUGAUAGUUCGUAAAAACAAUUUUCGGUAAAACAGGAGAAUUGGACACUUGAUUCUCACCAAAGUUGAAAAUAUUCUAAUCAAACCUAUCAAAACUCACCAACUAUUAUAAUGAGUAUUUUUUUUUUAAAAAAAGGUACACACAUUUGGCUACAAAUCGUCUUCCCGUUACAACUUGGCGCGAUUCCCCUCUAUGUACCCGAUUCUCCUGCAUGACCCACUUUCUUAAGAAGAAAUAACAAUAAUUAUACAAUAAUUUUUUGGACAAUGAAUAGUAUUGGAAUAGCAAUUAUAAAGAAGAAAAGGGAAGACGGGAAUAAUGAUAUAUGCUAAACCCAGUUCUCACUUCAGGCAAUUAAUACUUGGGUAAUCUUUAGUGUCGUGAUACAUGUCAUGGGGUUCACGAACGCUUUUAGUUCCUCGGCUCUUAUAAUGCGAUUCCAUGUUUGAAUGAUUGCUUUAAUUAAUUGAGUUUUAUAUCUGGGUUCCUUCGGCUUGCUCCAUAAAUUUUCGGUUGACCCAAGAUCUGCGCUAUUUCCAGUAGCGAAAUACGAUUCUGUCGAAAGCAGUUUUCACACAUGGUGGCAUAGAUAUGGAGCUGAAUCUCAUUGAAAUAUAAAUUCUUCUUCUGAGAAAUUUUCUUACACGGAAGCCAGCAGUUUAGGAAAGAGCAUUUCAUUCACAUAUUCCCAGUCAUCACACUAACUUUUGCCGACAUCUUUUCCCGUCAUUAACCACACUCGGCCAGUAAGACAACGCAUGCGCAGAAAGGGACUGAUUUAUGUUAGCCACGAUUUCAUAAGAUAGAUUCAGGCAUUCCAUGCUUGGCUAUAAAUUGCCGUCCCUGAUUUUCUUUUUUUCAUUUGGAUAUUUACACAAAGAAACAUGGUAAAGUAAAAAAAAAAGUCAACAUACCUAAAUUUGGAAAACUAUAGGUAUGGAGAUGGAAUCUCGUAUAAAAUAAAACAAAGAACAAAAAAAAAAAAAAAAAAA